GAGAGACUACAGGAGGAGUCACCCUCGCUCGGCUCACUCGGGUCUCCAGCAGCUCUGUGGCCCCGGCAGAGGAGAGCCCGGUAUGGGCAACUCUUUACGCGCGGCCGCCCUCCUGGCCGUGGUGGUUCUGUCCAUCCUGGUGUCGCUCCUGGUCACCAGCGUGCAGCAGCUCGGGACCAGAACCUUCUCRAACGCGUCUGCUCCUACUUCUUACGGUGAGGAGGAGGAGGAGCAGCGGGAGGUGGAGGGGGCGCUCCGCCGGGCUCUGCUCCACCAACUGGAGCUGAGGCGCAGAGAACUGGUCCCGCUGCUCCUCCCGGAGGAUGAAAACGGAGAGCGGCCGGACCCGGACUCGGUUUUGGGUUACAGCCCGUGGAACGAGGUGACGCUCGGCUCCCGGGACCUGGGUUGCGACUCCCUGGUGGACAUGCAGGCGGUGGAGGUCCUCGGGUCCGGGUACACCAAGCUGGUUGUCAGGGCGCGCCUGGCCGGAGCUCGGGCCCCCGUGGCUCUGAAGCUGGUCAACGAGCAGGGCGUCGACAUGAGCAAGUGUGUGGAGGACUUUAAAGACCCCCGAGGCUGCCGGGAGCUGGUUUCCUACAAACUGAGGAGGGAGAUGAUCCUGUUGGACCGGCUGAGACACCCGAACGUCAUCCAGCUGAAGGGUCACUGUGCAGGAGUCCAAGGAGGAGGAGGAGGAGGAGGAGUGGAAAGGGGAAGAGUGGCGGUCGUUCUGGAGCAGGGGGCUCCUCUGCAGAUGAUCCAGCUGCUGCAGAGCCCCUGGGAGGACAGAUUCAGGGUGUGUCUGGACCUGGUGCGGCUCCUCCACUUCCUGUCCCGGUCCCCGCUGGGCUCCGUGGGGCUGCUGGACUUCCAGCCGCGGCAGUUUGUCACCGUGUCGGGUCAGCUGAAGCUCACGGACCUGGACGACGCCAGCUGCGAGGAGGCGGCCUGCCGGGCCGACGAGGACUGCACCCUCCGGUUCCCGCACCGGAACUUCAGCCUGCCCUGCUCGGGCCGGCGCCUGUGUGAGGGCCUGAACGAGAAGAGGAACAUCUACAACGCCUACAGGUUUUUUUUCACCUACCUGCUGCCCCACCAGGCCCCGCCUGGCCUCACACACCUGGUAGACCACAUCAUGAACAGCACAGGAGAGCUGAAGGCCGACAUCGAUCAGACUCUGGAAGCCUUUGAACACAUCCUCCAACUGUACACGUCAGGCCUGCACCUGGAGAACCUGCUUCCUGAAUCCAUAAUCGGAGAUUACGCGGUGAUGCGAGGUACGGGGACCUCGGGGAACGUGGAGUACCGCUGCUGGCCGUCCUACAGCCAGCAGGGCUGCGUGCUGUCGGUCCACGACGCCAGAGAGGCCGCGUACAUCUGCAGCUCCCACUCCCAGUGCAGCAGCUUCACCCUGACGGGCCAGAAGACGUGGACCGGCCGCCUCCUCGCCUCGUUCCGGAGCGGCUUUGAUCACCUGGUGCCUGACGGGACGUCGGAGGUGUACGUGAGGAGAACCAAAGCUCCCGGAGCUCCGUCGCCGUGACGCGUGGAGGAAACCGACAGGAAGGGGAAGGACUGGAGUCUCGCUCUGUGAAAACACGCUGUGACCGCAGCUCGGCUUUUUUUUACGGGCGAGGAGCAGAUGUUGGAAGCGAGCAUGUGAGCGCGUCGUGUUUAUAAGGCCUCCGCUCGGCGACCGUUUGAUCCUCCUGCCAGCUCGCUGCCUCUGCCAGCUACUAUUUAAAGGGAUUUCCCUUUCAGGUACAAUUAAGGAGGAGGAGAGCCUUGUUGCCUUCAACAUUUUCUUCUCACACACACACUUAAGUGAUUCACCUUUAUUUGCCGUGUGUGUUGGCUUACAGUCCUCACAGUCAGAUUUCUUUAAAGYGAUCCAUGAUUAGUUGUAACAUUAGACUUUAUUUAAUAAACAUAUACUUUAACUGUAAAAUAAAGACUGUAAAAAUACUGUAGGAUUUUCAGUUUUUAUCAUUUUU